CUAACCUCGACUGUCUGAGGGGAUUGUUAUUGAUUCAUAUCUUUACGUGUUUUCCAGAUCUAUUAGGAGGGAGUAGUCGUGUGACAAGUUCGUAUGUUCCACCCCAGAAAACGACGCCUAAAGGUCCAACAGGAGGCAGAAUGCUAUUCACAGGUCCCGAUCAAUCCGAUUCACAUCGUAUUCAGGUUGGAGACAAAGGAAAAUACGUCGGGUUUCGACCAUUAUCCAAAGAAGUGACUUCAGAUUCCGAGUAUUUGUACAGACCAUGCAAGGGCGACGAACCAGCAAUGCGGAUGCGCCACGAGAGAGUCGGAGAAAUAGGGUGGAACGUUCCAAAGCUGUGGAGGUUAAGCAAACUUGAAAAAUCACUUGCAUCCUGAAACUAAACACAACUUAGCCAGGAUGACAUGAUCAAAACAAGGAUAAUUGAAACGCCCAUUAAAUGCCAUUGCUAGCCAAUGUUCCUUGUUACAAUGUCCUCUGUUUUUAAGUGCUAUUUGGUAUUCUUGUAAAAUGAAUUCACGAGUGUUUGUGACACAAUAAAGGAACAGCUUGGUAAUCAAUAAAACAAAAAACGCUUUGCAUCCCAAACAGCUUCUAUUUUCCACGCAUUAGGGAGAAUAAAGUUGACUAUUAUUCAAGAAUGUGACAGCUACUAGCUACAUGAAGAAAACGUAAAACAUUCUCAUUCUUUCUCUGAAUCAAAUUCAAGACCAUCGAUUGAAAAAUCGUGGAUUAAGUAUUGUACGCUAAUAUAACUAGAAAUCCUAUGAAAUAUUAUUUCUCUUCUCAUGCA